UAAAUUUCAAAAAGCGUCUUCGAAACAAAAGGGAAACACUUUUCUCUACCAAAUCAAUUGUUUCACGGAUCAGUGAAACUGAAGAUCUAGGGUUUUUAUUCAGAAAAUUAAAAAUUUACACCGAAAUUGAACUGGUUUGAGUCGACUCGUAUUGCUAGAUAGGUGCAACUCGACCAUGUAUAGUGGGUCCAGUGAUGGCGAGAGCCACGAAGCCGCCGCUCAACGGAAGAUCCCACCGGUUUCGUCGAUGCUUUGGGUUCGAAAUCUUCGCCGGUACAUCGGAUCCGGUGCUGGACUCGGAUCCGAAGCCUUAAUGGAGCUUGAAACAAAGAGGAUCUUGCUUGAUAUAUUUAAAGAAAAGCAACAGAAAAGCGCCGAAGCUGGUACAAUACCAAGUUUCUAUAAGAAGAAACCUGAGGAAGGAUCCAUCAGUCAUAGGGUUCAGAAGCUAGCAAAAUAUCGUUUUCUAAAGAAGCAAUCUGAUCUUCUACUAAACGCUGAUGAUCUGGACGCCAUGUGGGUUUGCUUAAGAGAAAAUUGUGUCAUUGAUGAUGCCACUGGUGCUGAAAAGAUGAAUUAUGAAGAUUUUUGCCACAUUGCCUCCGUUUGUACAGAACAAAUAGGUCCAAAAUGUCGCCGCUUUUUCAGCCCAUCAAACUUCAUGAAGUUUGAGAAAGAUGAAUCAGGAAGAAUCGCCAUCUUGCCCUUCUAUCUUUAUGUGAUGCGCACUGUUUCGCUUACACAGGCCAGAAUUGAUAUGAGUGAGCUUGAUGAGGAUUCAGAUGGUUUCCUUCAACCUCAUGAAAUGGAGGCCUACAUUCGUGGUCUUAUUCCUAACCUGGCACAACUACGGGAUAUGCCUGCAGCCUUUGUUCAAAUGUACUGUCGCAUAGCUGCACACAAAUUCUCUUUCUUUUGUGAUCCUCAUAGACGAGGAAAGGCCUGCAUAAAAAAGGUGCUGCUUAGUAACUGUCUCCAGGAAUUAAUGGAACUACAUCAGGAAAGUGAAGAAGAAGUCACUGACACUGAGCAAGCUGAAAAUUGGUUUUCCUUGACUUCUGCACAACGUAUAUGUGAUAUGUUUCUUGCCCUCGAUAAGGAUAUGAAUGGAACACUGAGUAAGCAGGAGCUUAAAGAAUAUGCGGAUGGAACUCUAACUGAAAUUUUCAUCGAAAGAGUAUUUGAUGAGCAUGUCCGACGUUGCAAAAUUGGUGCUGGAAGUAAUCGAGAGAUGGACUUCGACAGUUUUCUUGACUUUGUUCUGGCCCUUGAGAACAAAGAUACUCCAGAAGGGUUAACAUAUUUGUUCCGUUGUCUUGAUCUUAAUGGUAGGGGAUUCCUCACAACAGCAGAUAUUCAUUCUCUUUUCAGAGAUGUACACCAGAAAUGGAUUGAAGGGGGCAACUACGAAUUGUGUAUCGAAGAUGUUCGGGAUGAAAUAUGGGAUAUGGUAAAGCCAGCCGAUCCAUUGAGGAUUACGUUGGCUGACCUCCUAGCUUGUAAACAGGGUGGGACUGUGGCCAGCAUGCUCAUAGAUGUGCGCGGGUUUUGGGCACAUGAUAACAGAGAGAACCUUCUUCAAGAAGAAGGAGAGCCAGAGGAAGAAUCAUGAUUGCAUAUUUGAUCAAACUGCUGCUUCUUUUGUCCAAGGUACUUGUUCUUGCAAGAUGUACUAUUUUGUUGCAAUGCUUGUAAGAUUUAUGAUCUGGAAAGUUGUCACAAACUCUGUAACUGCUCUUCAAAUUCAAUCUAUUGCAUUAAAUAGCAAAUUUACAUAUUUUCCGAUAAA